GGAAAUUGCGGGAAAUUAUGGGUAAAGCCUAGCCUAAAAUAAUGCGGCACGGAACAAUUUUUUUAUAGAAUAAGAUAGAUUAAGACCUUUGUUUUUCUUUAGUUAGUACACUAGUGCCAAAUCUAAACACUACAUCAGAAUAUUUUUUGAGGGGAAAAAUGUCCUAAGAAGGGGAAAUCUGAAUUGAGGCGUGGGGAAAGGAAAUCAUUAAAGUGGAAGCACUGGUAAAGGGAGAACUUAACCAAAAACUUAACCAAAAAAAAAAAGAACUGUGCCUCAGGUUUACAAAACUACGACAUUUUAUUUCUUUUUAUUUACAAAAAAUAGAAUAGAAUAGGAUACUGUUUCAGAAAAUGGGAGGAAAAACCAAACAUAAAUGUGAAAUUUGUGGCGUCAGUAUUUCCCGAAAAGGUACUUCUGGAAUAUUUCUAGCUCGAUUUCCACUGGAACCUAACAGAUGCCGCUCAUGGGUCAAAUCGACAGGAAAUGAAGAUUUGGCUUAUAUUCCAUUAAUCAAAUUAAAUCAAAAUAGAUUUAUCUGCGGUGAUCACUUUCCUCAUGAUAUGUUUAAUGAGAAUAGGAGUAGAUUAAAAAAAAAUGCUGUACCUACUUUAAAUCUUCGCAACCCCCCACUCUCGGAUGAUAUCCUAGCAAAUUUUCCUAUGCAUGCACCAUGUCAUAAAAAAAAAGAUAUUACACUUCAUUCGUCAACUGUAGCAUAUACUUUUAAAUCAAAAAGGCAAAGAAAGGCACCUAAGUUAAAAAAAACUAAAAAAGAUAUUUUAGUAGAGUGUCUAGAAUCAAAUACGAAAGUGAGUACCAAGUAUGGAAAUAUACCAGGAAUUGAAGAUAAUAACGACACAAAGAAGAAUAAUAUAGAUAUUUUAGUAGAUUGUCUAGAAUCAAAUACAAAAGUGAGUACUGAGUAUGUAAAUAUACCAGUUAUUCAAGAUAAUAACGACACAAUAGAAUAUGUUAUUGAAGAUAAUAACGACACAAUAGAAUAUGUUAUUGGAGAUAUUAAUGAUGUCGGCUGUGAAUAUAGCAGUAUUGAAAUAUCGACUAGCAAAAGAAAGCUUCAAAAGCAUAUCAAAAAGCUACAACUUACAAGAAAAUUAUUGAAAGCACUAUCAAAUUCAUCUUUUAAUUUAGACAGCCUAGAAUCAGAUUUCCCAAAAAAUAUAGUAAAUGAAACACCGAAUAACCAAGCCCGUGAGUCCCAUGGAAAGCGGUGGAAUAUAAAAACUAAAAUUAUAUGUUCGCAAAUUUUUAAAAGAUCACCAAGCACUUAUUACCGUUUGCAAUGUAAUAUAAUAAUGCCAAGUGUCAGAACUGUACGGCGAAUACUACAAAGUUUGCCUAUGGAACCUGGUAUUACCCCAGCAAUAUUAAAGCAGCUACAAGACAAAGCUAUAACUAUGCUACCAGAAACCAAGUUAUGUACAUUGAUCUUUGCUGUAAUAUCUUUAAAGAAGCAACUUUUAUACAAUGACAAUGCAGAUAAAGUUGAAGGUUUUGUUGAUUAUGGACCAGGAGUAGGUCAGGGAAGACGAAAUGAAAUAGCGGAUAAGUGUAUAGUUUUUAUGAUUCAGGGUAUCCAAAAAAAAUACAAACAGCCAAUGGCAUUUUAUUUUGUUAAGGGCAAUAUCUCAUCCCAACACUUGUCAAGUUUAAUUAGUAACAUAAUUAAAGUUCUAGAAGAUGCAACUUUCACUGUUGUUGCUACAGUUUGCAAUCAAGGGCCUACAAAUUGGGGAGCGUUAUCCCAACUGAAACAAAAUGCGCAUGUACCAUCAGACGCUAAUUAUUUCUAUUUGAACAACCGAAAAAUUUAUAUAAUAUUUGAUGUUCCCCACUUAUUCAAAUCUAUCAGAAAUAACUUCCGUGAGGCAGGUAUUAUGGAGAUGGACAGAAAACGUGCCAAAUGGCAACAUCUGCAUGAUGCUGAAGAAAUAAAUCGAAGAAUGCUUUACUUUCAUAAAAUUAUACCUUUGUUGCUUAGUCCGAAUCAAAAUAUGAAAAGGAAAGUAAAAUAUGCAGCACAAACACUAAGUAAUACAUUUGCAGCAAUUUUAAAAAUGAUUGCUGUAAAACACAUUGGCACACAAUAUGGCCAAGAUAUAGAACAAACAUCAGCUGUUAUAUGUGAUCUUAACAAUCUGUUUGAUAUUACUAAUGGUCCUGCACACCCAGAGGAUGUCAUAAAAGGCAAAAGAGAAAAUAUAUCUGAUAAGACUAAUCACCUGCACGUGUGGAACGAUUUUUUGAAGAAAAUUUCUACUAUCGAAUUCCUGAAGAAUGAUCGCAGACUGCAACUGGCAAAAGUCAGAUGUGUUCAAGGUUUCAUAAUCACUAUAAAAUCAUUGAAGGAUAUUUGGUUGGAUUUACAAAACAAAGGAUUUAGAUCUCUCAAUUUACGGCAAUUAAACCAAGAUUCGUUGGAACACUUCUUUGGUGUUAUUCGAAAAAGUAGCCCUACAAACAGAAAUCCUACGUGCAGUCAUUUUGCUAGUGCUAUAAGUACUGUUCUUGUUUCUAGUCAAACUCGAAGAACUAACUGUGAAAAUGACACCAACAAGUUAUUGUUUAAGGUAUCCUUAAAAACAGGAUCUGUAGCACCUUUAGGUAGUGAUGGAGAUCCACGAAAAGGCACCAAAAAGAAAAUUGAUGAAUACCCAACUAUAAUGGUGCCUGAGACACAUAUGGAGGAACAAAUUGAAAAUAAAUUAGCAGAUACUGAAAAUCAACCUCUGGUCUACCUGAGUAGUUAUUUAGCAUAUAGAUUAUUGAAAGGCAAUAGUUGCCAGACAUGCUCAGAUUUACUUCAGGAAAAACGUACUGGGGAUAAAUAUAAAUGUCUUUGUGAGUGGUGGAAAGAUAAACGUUUGCUAAGAUAUCCAUCUUUCCAGCUCUGUCGCAUUACCGAAGUGGCGUUACUUUGUUUUAAAAGAAAUCUCCAUUUGUUUCACGAAGGACACGUCGGACAAAACUUCUGUACUCUCAUGAUGGUACAGUUAAAUUUUACAUGGUGGAGCUGUAAUAGUCACCGUUAUAUGACUGAGAAAAUUAUUAGGUUAAUUGUAAAAAUUUUAAUUCGACGGCAAUGUCAAAUAUAUAACAAUGACUUAUUAAAGGCAGAAUAAAUCAAAAGCAUUGUGCAAUAAUUUCUUAGAUUAUGGCUCUCAGUUCUAAUCCUAUCCAACUGCAACAAGGAUUAAUAAAAGGAGAUGUUUUAUAAUGUCGUUGCUAUGUGUUAAUUAAUGAAAUACUCGCAAAUGUGUAUUAACAAUAAGAUUUAUGAUAUGGUUAGUGCAUUUUCGAGAACUGAUAUAGUCUUAAGAAAAGUUUUACUAGAAAAAUAUCCACGCGGACCAGGCAGCGGACGGGACUCGAACCCGCAACCUUCGCAAUCCGGGCGAAUGCACUGACCAAUUAUGUUACCACAGCCCUGAUGGCCGCGUCGAAAUUUUCCUAGCCUUAAGCUGCAAGGCAGCGCCAUCUCUUCGCAUUGUAGGUAACCCACAAUGUCAAAUGAAUACUUUUUCAAGUAUUAAACAUUGGAAAUGAAAAUUUAAUCUUUACUAAAAGUUUGCUUUAAGAAGCUAUACCAACGUCGAAACGCAAGAAGCUUCGAAAACGAGAAGGAAAUACGCUGCGAGAAAUUAAAUUAUUGAAAAAAAUGAGACAGACCCUGAUGAUUUACCAGUUUUCGUCGCUCAUGAUCUUGUUACCGCAAGUAUUGUUUGAUCAUUGAAUGUAGAUGUAACUGAGUUACUGUAAGAUAUUGUUAAAAUUCAACAUGAUCUAAAAAUUUGUGAUAGACGAAUUGUAUGUUAUUUAAUCGGAUUUGGGUGAAUUGAAGAAUGCUUCUAGUCAAUAAUUUUCUUUUUUAGCAACUAACAGUCGUUCACAUAAUAUUGAUGUACUUGCAUAUCUGUUAAUUUUAAUAGACCAAACAGUGCCUAAAGCUUAUUAUAGUUAUAGUAUCAAAGAUAGUCUUAACAUAGUCAGAUUUGCACGUGUAUUCUUCUAAUGCUAAACAAUUUAUUGAAAAUAUUAUACAACUUAUAACAAGAACAUAAAUUUCAAAUAAACACUAUUUUUUGGUGACGACGGGGUAAAGUAAACGAAAUUCUAUUAGGCCGUCAGUUAGAUGAUCAAAAGAUAAUGGAUACGUAUUUUUUCUUUGGGCAAUCAACCAAAAAAUGACAAAGAUAAAGCGCGUCAAAGUUUAGGAGUAGGGGCUCGUGACGUCACUUUUAAGUGAAAAUUGUACCAAAACGUGAAGUCAUGCGACUUUUCAAAUCAAUAUAUCUCUGCAAUGUUAUAUAUUAUGUGAAAAAAGAAAAAAUACGUGUCCAAUACUUUUUGUUAAUCUACCUGAUAAACGAAGAAAAAAAGAAUAGUCGUCAACCCUAUUUAUAUUAUAAUUAUUGAUAGGUAGAUAACAUAGAUCCAAAUCAGAGAACUCUUUUACAAACGUUGGUGGAACGACGGCGAUAUAAGAAUUACGUGUUUAGUUUUUGCGUAACGGCGAAGGAACAAAAAAAUGCAAUUCACGUGAGGAGCGCACCGGGAGACGAACUUGUCUUGAAAUGGAAGUUUACACCGUAACAUCAACAAAAUACUUGGUGCAUGCCUUUUGGAUACCAGUAUGAAAGCGGACCUUUGGUAAUACAGCAUGAGAAAUUUCAAAAAGUCAGGAUCGUUAUCUUCUUUAUCGGGGGGCACGGCAGUGCCCCCGCCAAGUUGUAGUAUUCCUCGUCAAAACACGCUGCAACAGAAUUUGUGAAUAAAAAAGACAUGUAUUUUUUUUUUAGAUAGAUCCGACGUGAAGUCCAGACGCGAAUAUAGCUGAUACAGCAGUUCUACCUGCCAUACCAGCCAUCCUCACCUUGCCGGCCUGCAUGUUUUUUUUGAGUGUAUAUGCUGUUGGUCGCAGAUGAUCUUUACAGCGUCACCGGGUUUGGGGACGGCGAGAUCCUAAGGGGACCUCAAGCCAAGAAUUGGCGAGUGCAUCUAGAGGUAUUCCAGGCGGAUGGCAUCUCCCCGCGGGGAGUCUCCUCUCCGUCUGGAGCCUCUAGACCACUCGAACCUGAGGGGGUCGGCUCAACUAGAGGGCGUCUCUGAAACUCGGACCUCGGCUCUAGUUAGCCGUUGUCGUGGGGGGUGGGGAGCCUGCAUGUUGCUUCUUCACGCCUCUUUAAAAGGAUCCCAUUGUUAACAUUGAACUGAAUACUUCUCACUCGCCCAAUCUUAAUCGUGUUGCUAAUACUGUAUCUAUAAAGACCAUGCUACACAUGUGAUGCAUCCACCAGUAAGAAAUUAUUACUUAAUAUUCUAUGUAAAGGAGAUUGAAAAUCGCAAUCGACUAACGAUUGGAUUCUUGAGCAGAUUUUCCGCUGCAAGAGUUAGGUACAUAACACAUAAUUUUGAAACAGGUGGUCAUUUCCAUGUUGCUUUUUCAAUGACUUUUUUUGUUUUAUCGUCUAAUCGUAUUAUAUUUUUAUAGACUCGAUUGUCCGCUAUCUACUACUAAAUCAAAAAUAAUGAAAUUGUCACAAUAUGAGGUAACAGAAAAAGUAAAGGGAAUGAGAUGGAACCUUGAGGCACACAUCCGCAUCAUUUAACAUGAACCGAAUUCUACUGCCGUCCAUAAGGAAACGAAUUCUACGUACAUACAGGAAGUUAGACAUACCAGGGGGCCAAUCGCCUAACUGGAUUGCUUUGGAAAACGCUAUCGCUUACGAUUUCAUUUUGUUAUUUCUAGCCGCCUGAGGUUUUCAAACGCCUCGCGCUCUUUUUUUUUCUUUUGCAUUGGUAAUAACAAUGUUAAGGAAAAUGAGCGUGAGGUAUUUGAAAACCUUCGGCGGUUAGAAAUAACAAAAAGAAAUGGUAAGCGAUAGCGUUUUCCAAAGCAAUCUGGUUAGGCGAUUGGCCCACGGGCCACCCAGACCCAGGCAUAGAGAUGAGUGGGCAGACCAUAUGCCAAAAGCUUGGAUUGAAUGAUUUAGCAUCAGUCUCUCGAAAGCCUUGCCGAUGUCAAGGUUAACCAAAGAUUUGCUCCGCUUGUCAAUAACAUUACCCCAGAUGUGUGCGAGUCACGUUUUGGUUUAAAACCGUGUUGACGAUCAUUGAAGUACUUUGUUUAGGACUGGGAAAAAGACCGCUGAAUCAAACGGCGUAAAAUAUUUUUACGCAGGGAUCCGUUUGAUUCAGCUUACAACUAAAUUAUAGAGCAAUCUCUCAUAUUUGUUUUUAAAUAUAUUCUUUAAAAAAAUAUUUCAUCUCCUAAAAGUAGAAAUUCGAAAUAAAAUAAUUAUAAUUAUCUUAAUUGGUGAAGUAUUUAUUAAUAGAUUGAAUUUAUUAUCCGUGUACAAAAUUAUUAUUUACUCCGUCAUACCGCGCCGUCCCAUCUUAAAACUGUAUAAUUUUACUUAGCUUAUGAUAAAUAAACACUCCAUUCAUGGGCAUAGAUUAAUAACAAUUCAUUUAAACAAGCAAAUGAAUCUUAAAGAUAAUCAUAAUCCUAAUUAUUUACAUAUUUCCUAGAGGAACACAUAUGUCCUAACAGCGAGCUUGAAUAUGAAAUGACACAGACAAAAUAAGGAAUGACUCUGAUGCAAUGAUACUUAAUGAUAAGUAUUUAAUCACAUUUACACUGCCAAAUAAACCUUUUAACCCUUGAACACUUUAUAUCAGUUGGCGUGUCCCUAUCGCCAAGCAUAGUAAAUCGAAAAUUAAAUAUCUACUAAAAAUAGGGAUGUUCCAUGGUAGAUCGAUAUACCCUCUACAGCUUGGCAUUUUUUACAAUUUCAUCUAAAUAGCGACAAAACGCAGUCGCCUUUCUCCGAUCGUGGCGCCUGUUGAACUAACAAUAACAACAUCUAAGCAUGCAGGCUAAGGAUUUGAAUCAUCUAUUCAGUCCAGUGACUGAAUGACUGAAAUAAAUAUAAAAUUUCAGUACAUUUUGUACUUAUUAUUAUUGCUUUAUUUAUUUUAUAGUAAAAUAGUAAGUAUAAACGUUAAUAUUUAAAUUUAUAUGGUUUUUGUAUCGGUAAAUCUUAAGUUAUGUCCCGUCCCAAAUUGUCGAUUUUUUCCGACAUUGGCGUUGGACAUCAAUAAGUGUAUUGAUGUCCAACGACAAUGUUAUAUCAGUAUAAAGAAUAAUAUCAGUAAUUUCUCUCAGUCUGAGGUUAUUUUUAGGUAUCCUAGUUAAGAAACUAAAGUGUAAUCAAUUGUAAAUGAUUACAUGAUCAAUUAAGUAUUUACCAAAUAUAAACUUAUUUUAAUAUAAUAGGUACAGUAUUAUUAAACAGAAACAGCAGAUUAAACAAGUAGUGAUAUUUGGUUGGAAAAAUCCGACCUUAGCGAAUAGAGCGGGAAAUUUUGGUCGGAUAAAUCCUCGGUUCCGACCAUGGGUGUCCGUGAUGCUAGCGUACCCACGAUCAAUAUACGGUUUUUCGUUAUGCCAUUAAAUACUGCGUAAAUAGUGCCAAAUUAGUGUAAAAAUAAAAAAAAAUAGUGCCUCUUUAAUUUAAGAAAUAAAGACCAUUUUUACUGUGUACGCUACCAUGACGUCAAGCUAGCGUACCCAUGGCCGACCCCAAGAACGGCAUUUUAUAUAUAUUUAAGCAACGAAAUUGACACACAAAAAUAGUUCGCAAAUAGUGCCCUGGCUUUACAAAAUUUCAUAAUCAAUACUCAUAAAGGACCAAAGAUAUUGAACUAAACAUUCUUAGCUGGCAUCAACCUGGCGUACCCAUAAUAGUUCUCAUAGAAAAUGAACUUUUCUCGUUAUCAAUUCUAUAUGUAUAAAUAGUGCCUCUAACAGUAAAAGUAUUUUAUGUGAAUCUGCAUCACAACAAUACAUAAAGAGGAUGUUAAAUUCUAGGAACAAAUGUAUUGUAGUACAGUUACACACAAAAUUAAUUUAUGCACUAAGAGAUUUUCUAUACCUAGGAUAUGUAUUUUUACUAAAAUAAAUAGGUACUUUUUAUAAAAAGAUAUUUUAUUUCAAUUCGAAUUCACCAAUCAUAAAUUCAUAUAAGAAUUUCAACCUACCUACUAAGUACCUUACUUACCUACUAUACUACGAAAAUAUUAUCACUUCUGUACAUGACUGUACUUCAUAUAUAAAAAUAAUUUAAUUGCUUUUUUAUAUUGUUUUACUGCGAAUUAACAUAAAAUACUUUUACUGUUAGAGGCACUAUUUGACACACUAUUUAUACAUAUAGAAUUGAUAACGAGAAAAGUUCAUUUUCUAUGAGAACUAUUAUGGGUACGCCAGGUUGACGCCAGCUAAGAAUGUUUAGUUCAAUAUCUUUGGUCCUUUAAGAGUAUUGAUUAUGAAAUUUUGUAAAGCCAGGGCACUAUUUGCGAACUAUUUUUGUGUGUCAAUUUCGUUGCUUAAAUAUAUGCCGUUCUUGGGGUCGGCCAUGGGUACGCUAGCUUGACGUCAUGGUAGCGUACACAGUAAAAAUGGCACUAUUUUUUUUAUUUUUACACUAAUUUGGCACUAUUUACGCAGUAUUUAAUGGCAUAACGAAAAACCGUAUAUUGAUCGUGGGUACGCUAGCAUCACGGACACGACCUUGCGGUUAAAGAGUUAAACUAGUCAUAAUCUAAUACAUUAGCUAGAGGAAUACUAUAUAUCCCCAUUAUUACAAAAUGUGGACUAAGUUGAUACAUACUGCCACGUUUGGUUACUUAAUAGAAGACAGAAAUUAGGUUUCAUUCAACCAAGUAUAAAGCCAGAAACACAUUAACGUGUCCUGUCGUGACGUGGCGCGCCAGAAGCACAUAGGUUUCAUAUAUUUACUAUGGUUGGAGACAUAUUUACGUGUCGUGUUGACGCUCUAACCUCUCUCUCACUAACCCAUAAUAAAUAUAUGAAACCGAUACGUCACGCUCGACCUCCACGACACGUUAAUAUGUUUUGUGUCUUCAGGCUCUAGACCGGCGGAUUGCAUUCUGACUGCCAAAUUGCAGUUCAAAUGCAGUAUGAAUUCGCGUGGCACGACUGCAAUGAAACAGCUGUGCACUGUGUACAGAUCAUGAUCAAUACAGUUGGAUCAAGAUGUUGUGGCUCUUUUAUGACAUUGACAGGGGGGCGCUGCUGGUCAAAUAAGGAUAAAAUAGGUAGUACUUGCGUAAAAUCUCCUCACUUAUAGGAAACGUUUUAAUUUGCAAUGCUUUGGAAAUAGUGACAGGAGUUAUAGCUAUUAACGGGAUUGUUACCAUGUACCUUGUUUUCUAUGAGUUUCCGAUUUUUCGGCACUGUUGCAAGCGCCAUGAUCACGGAGUAAGUGGUAAGUUCGGAGACUCAAAAAACAAGGUACAUAAUAUUGGUAGUGACCAUGAAAGCCUUACUUAAGUAACUUAAGUUUACGUAUUGUAAUAACGGGGAUUACCCUUAUCCUAACAGCGCGCAAGAAUAUGAAGUGAAAUACACAUUUUUAAGCAAUAUCUUAUCUCCUAGGUGUAUUUAAGCAUUUUCCGAGUCGAGUUCCUCCAUUCUCUUGUGAGCUUUCUUAAGUUCCUCCAGCAGGGCUACAGCCUGUGUCCUGCCAAUGAGCAGGUCGCGCUUGCUCUGCUCUCCAGUGAAGACAUCGUCGGAGAAGAUUGACAGCUUGAUGGCGUCCACAGCGCCGUCAGGAGCCGCGCCUACCGCGACGUCUGUUACUUUGUUGA